ACAGAAGAGGCAGGCAAGCUGCGACCGGCACACACACAAAGAGCACUCUCCCUCACACACACGCACGCACACACACACACACACACACACACACACACACACACACACACACACACACACACACACACACACACACACACACACACACACACACACACACACACACACACACACACACACACACACACACACACACACACACACACACACACACACACUCACACACACACACAUUCUCUCUCUCACACACACACACUGCCCAGAGCUCCUCCAACCAGAGCUGGAACCUUUCAGCCCCAGGUGAAAAGACAGAAAGCGGAGGAGGGGAGUGGAGGCCGGCCAGAGGAAGAAGAAGGAGAGGGCAGGGGGGAUCAGUGAGAAGAAAAGAGUGAAAGACAGAACAGAGCAACCUGUUCGUGAGAUCUGGGACUCUGCUGAAGAAACCGUGGGAGCUGGGAACACAGGCUAUAGGAUGGUUUUGCUGUCCUCUUGCUCCAGGAGGGCUGCAGUGGAGCCUUGACCGUCCUUGGGGAAAGAGAGGGGGUGUGGCCACAACAGACACUGCCACGGCCACCACGCUGCCACAAUGUCCUCCUUGGUGUGCAACAUGGGGCUGGUGCUGGUAGAGUUUGAGUACGAGUACACGGGCCGCGAUGGGGGCCUGGUGUCCAUCAAGCCCAACGAACGAUACAUCCUGCUGGCCAAGACCAACGACCACUGGUGGCACGUGAGGAAGAACGAGCAAGCAAGGCCCUUCUAUAUACCUGCUAAAUACGUCAAGGAGCUCCCCGCAGAGAUCCCAUCCCCGCUGGACUUUGCUGACCCACCCAGUCCCGAUUUGGUCCCGGUUCCUGGGCCGGUGCCAGUGCCAGUCCCAAAGCACUCCGUACCAGACCGGGCAGAAACGAGGGCAGGAGAUGAGGUGACUAUCCGUCUCCGCUCCCCGAAGAGACAUCAGAAGACUGAGCACCGGAUGUCCACAUUUGGCGUACCCUUAGAAUUCCACGACCCGUCUCCCAGGGCGUUGAAGAGCGGCGAGCUGACCGACUCUCUGCCGGGCCUUCACUCCACCGUUGCCCUUGAGGUCCCCUUAACAGUGCCCUCGCCUCAAGCCAACAAUAGUGCCAAACACAAGAAGCAAUUAAACCUGAGUUCCGGUGUGCUCUUUGGCUCUUCCCUGUCGGUGGAGGAGCCUCUCUCCCUGAACCCCCGAGCCCCCAGCUUCAGCCCAGCUGACCCCCUCCAACGGCCCUCCCAGGCCAUCCCAGUGGAGAGGUCCCUCAUCCCUGAUGCCGAGGUCACCGGUGGCGGGAUUCCCCAUCAGGAACCUCUGAACGAGCCGGAAUGUCCUCUGGAGCUGGAGGAGGGAGAAAAUGAGAAAUCUAGUGUGGAGCCUGAGGACGAAUCGAAGGAGGACACUGAGAAUAUUUAUGAAUCCAUAUUGGACCUGAAGCUGGAUGAGUCCCCUAUAAUAGUGGAGAAGGCCCCGACAGUGAGUCCUGCUGCUGUGGCUGAACCUACACCUGUUAUCACUCCCACUUCUCCAACACAGACACAGGCGGAGAAUGCCAGCCCCAACACUGCUGUUUACGCCAACGUCACAGAGCUGAAGAAAAACAUCCCACAAUCCCCUCCGUUAGAAGCUCUGAGUCCUGACUUGCCCCUUACCCAGGAGGGAUGGCAGGUGCACACUGACAAGGACAGCGGGAAAGAGUUCUAUUACCUCCCAGCCACGGGCCAAACCACUUGGGCCGACCCCCGCAGCACCCUCCCCUCCACAGACAUGGAGCUGCCCAAGGAGGCGUUGGCUAUCCCAGCCCUGUCCAUGGCCCUGUCCCCGGCCCUGUCCCCGGCCCUGUCCCCGGCCCUCCCAGCCCUGUCCCCGGCCCUGUCCCCGGCCCUGUCCCCGGCCCUUUCCCCGGGCCUGUCCCCGGCCCUGUCCCCAGCCCUGGCCCUGUCCCCGGCCCUGUCCCCAGCCCUGGCCCUCUCACCAGCCUCAUCCCAGGGUUCCAACUGGGAACAGGGGUUUGAUGAGACCACCGGUCGAAACUACUUCUAUAACCUCACCUCUGGGGCCACCUCCUGGGGAGCUCCGGAGCCCAUCGCCCCCUCCUCUCCUGUUACUGAGCCUCCCGUGCUGAAGCUCCCAAACAGAGGACCGCCCCCUCUCCCAAAGGAAGACUACCUGACAGAAGACCACGAAGCUCCAGACACCUCCUCCUCGGUGUUCCCCAAAGACAUCCUGCCCAUGCCGCAGGCUAAACUGGCUGUCAUACCCCGGGCCAUUCUAGACAGUGUCCCGGCGGGCUGGAAGCGCUCCUUGGAGGCAGAUGGGAAGACCGUAUUCACCAGCGAACGCACACAGGAGCAGUGGCUCAAGUCUGUGGAUCAAGAAGGAAAGACGUACUACUACCUGAGAGACGGCUCCAGAUCCCAGUGGAACCUUCCAGCAGAGCUCCCAGGUGCAGCCAGUCUGUCCAAGGUGGGGAAUGGAGUGGACCAGGACAGCCCGCUGGUUCUGAAGAACUGGAGACACACAAUGGGCCCAGCUCAGUUUGGCCCCUCCCAAGAAGACAACAGGUUCUUUCCAACACAUAGGAGAAACGUUUCGGACGUCACCAGUGAAGCAUCCAGCUCAGGCAACUCCCCUGAGACGCCACGCCAUACUGAUAGGUUGGGAGUACGGAGUAGACUGUCACAUCUGAGCACAGACUCACAUCAUGAGCAUACACAUCUACUGGAGAAGGCAGGUAUCCUGAACAAAACCAAGGUGGCCGACAAUGGGAAAAGAAUUAGGAAGAAUUGGAGUCCGUCAUGGACAGUGCUGCAUGGAGGCAUUCUCACGUUUCACAAAGACCCAAAAUCUGCACCCUCGGGAAACUCUAACAAGACCAAUCAGAUCACCCCAGAGUACACAGUGGAGCUGCGUGGAGCCACUGUGGGCUGGGCCCCCAAGGACAAGUCCAGCAAGAAGAACGUUCUGGAGUUGAAAACGCGUCAUGGGUGUGAGUACCUGGUCCAGUACGACACAGAGAGCAUCAUUUGUGACUGGCACAGGAUCAUACUGGACACCGUCAGACAGCUGGACGAAGAUCACUUGUCGGAAGAGGAAGAGGAGGAGCCUAUGGAGAAAUCUCCACUUGCUUCAGACAGAGACAAGAGGACCAGCUCAGCCACUAAAAUUACGCCUGGCAUCAGUGCCGAGUCAUCAGAUCAGGGGCGUGUCCGCACCAAACUACGCAAGUUACUCCAGAAGAGGCCCACACUGCAGUCAGUGAAGGAGAAGGGCUACAUAAGAGAUAAUGUGUUUGGUUGUCAUCUGGACACGCUGUGCCAUCGAGAGAACAGCACUGUGCCCAGGUUUGCAGAGAAGUGCAUCAGGGCAGUGGAGAUUAGAGGUCUGGACAUUGAUGGGAUCUACAGAGUUAAUGGGAAUCUAGCUGUCAUUCAGAGACUACGCCACAAAGCAGAUCAUGAGGAAAAUCUGGACCUAGAGGAUGGUCAGUGGGAGGAGAUUCAUGUGAUCACGGGGGCGCUAAAGCUCUUCCUGAGGGAGCUGCCUGAACCUCUCUUCCCUUACAGCUUCUUCGACAAGUUUAUCGCUGCCAUCAAAAUCCAGGACUAUCCUCAGAAGGUGUUGUACUUCCGUGACCUGGUGAGGUCCCUUCCCCUGCCCAACCACGACACCAUGCACCUCCUUUUCAAACACCUCCUCAAAGUGAUUGAGUUUGGGGAAAAGAACCGUAUGUCAGUCCAGAGUGUGGCCAUCGUGUUUGGCCCUACGUUACUCAGGCCCCAGACUGAAUCGGCCAACAUCACCGUUUACAUGGUCUACCAGAACCAGAUUGUGGAGCUCAUCCUCAAAGAGUUUGAGACAGUAUUUGCCCCCAGCUGAGACAUUUUCUAUGGCACCCAUGAGUCAAGAGGGACGGAGACAAUGGGGGUUGACAAGCCCUGGGAAAAGACUGAUGGUUACAUGGGUUGCUAGAUUUGGUAAAGGGAGAUUAUUUUCUGUCAGUGAACUAGCCUUUAACUGUGGUAGCUCCAAGUCUUCAACCUUCAUCCCAAGUUUCAAACUCGUGCUGUCCACCCAUGCAGUCAUCCAUCUGUUUUGGUACUUCCACUCACAAGAACAUUGACAAAAAAGUAGGUUGAGGGAAAAAGGGAAAAUGGAUGAACAUGUUGACAUACCAAAGUUUACCAUGGAUCCUAUGACAAUACCUGGCAAUAGGCAUCAUGUUUAGUUUUACAAAUUAAAUGUAUAUUACAUGUAGGUGUACAUGUAUUUGGGGGAAUAUUCUGUCGUAUCCAUGGUUUGGAGUGACAUAUCUGAGACAGAUCGGUCUUUUUAGUGGAUGACCUCUUAACUAUAUGUUGAAGUCUACGAAAAAGCUUAAAUAUUGUAUACCUUCCCGAAUGUUACCUUAUCAACAAUACAACCAAUUAAAAUGGUUGUUGUUGCUUUCCUUUUGGCGAGCCAUACAGAUAGCAAACCACUGCAUUGACUGUAAAGUUAUUUGAUUACUUCCUAAUUUAGAAAAAGGCUGUGAAUUUAUCAAGGAAUACCACUUGCGACUAUAUUGUGGUUCAUUGUGCAUAACGUGGCUGUACGUUAUGGGCAGUAUAUAUGAAAAUAUAUUAUGAUAGAGCAUAACUGUACAUUAUGGCUGUUUUAUAGUAUUAAUAUUAUUACAGAACAAGGAUAAGAACAAUAUAUCAAGAUAUUUUGAACAACUUUUUUUCUCUGUACAUAAGAGUUCAUCUUACCUUAUAAAUGAAUGUUCUUCUAAUAAAAUAAUUCAAUUUCUGUCAA